AUGAAUAACAAUUACUAAGUAGAAAUUACUGAUAUUAAAAUACAAAACUCUAGCUACAUAAAUGUAUUUCAAAUAUCUCAAUCAAAUUUUUUUAAUGUGACAAAUUUAAUAAUAUAGUCAGUAUUUUCUUCUUAGGUUAUAAACAUAUAAGGAACAACUAUUUCUAAGAUUUAACACAUAGAGGUUGAUAAUUGUUAUUAACUACAAUUGAUAUAAUUAUAACCAAUUAAGUUAGACAAUUUAUAAUAUUUAUCUAAAUAUUAUAUGUUAUAAGAUUUGAACUUACAAAAUUCUACUGAUAUUUCACUUAUUACUCAGUCUGAAUAAACACAAAUCUCUGAUAUAAUUAUUUAAAAGUUAAAUACCUCUUUAAAUUGUUUUACUAUAAAUUCAUUAUAGCUAUCUAUAAACAAUUUUACUAUAUAGAAUUCAAUAGUAUAUUUAAGUUAGCCUUCUGUAAUUCUUAUACUUAGCUAUACAAGCUGUGAUAUUCAAAAAAUAAAUUCAUCUAAAAAUUAAAUAACAAUUGUAAAAAUUAAUUAGCAAGAUUUUACUGUUAAUACAUUAAUACAUUCUUCUUCAUUUAGAGAUUUUUAGUUAUAAUUUCCUUUGAUGGAGUUUAUAAACGUAGAUGUCUUAAUUUUAGACAAUAUUUAAGUCAAAAAUAUUUUAUUUUAUGAUAACAUGUAUUCUUCAAUAAUAUUAAUGAAUUAAUGUAAUAAUAUUACAAUAAAUGAGAGUCAUUUUAUUAAUAAUACAAAUACAAUAGGGACUGGAGGAUCAAUUUAUGCUAUAGAUAGUCAUUUUAUUUAAAUCAAGAAUACAGUAUUUAGGCUAAAUUAAUGCUAAUAGUAAAACGGAGGUGCUUUAAGUAUAAAAAAUAAUAUUAUAGUUGCUAAUUUGACUAUAUAAAAAAGCGCUUUUAUUGGUAAUUAGGCUUAAUUAUCUACAGGUGGAGCUAUUAAUUUGGUGAAUUCUAAUUUGGUGAUGGAAAAUUCAAUAAUAUCUUAAAAUAAGGCCUUAAUUGGUGGUGGAAUCUAUUAUUAAUAAAUAAUUCCUGAUUUUGUAUUAGAUUUGACAAAUAAAAUCAAUAAUAAUAACUUUAUCUCUUAAAAUUUCGCAAAGCUAUAUGGAAAUAAUUUAGGAUCUACGUUGAGAAGUAUUAAGAUUAAUCUAAAGGAUAUAUAAACAACAAAGAAAACAUAAAUAAUAGAAAAUUAAAAUAAUUAAAUUCAAGUCAGUUCAUUUAAAAGUGGAGACUAAAUAAUUUUUAACAAAAUUUAAUUGCUUGAUGAAGAGGAUAAACCCAUUUUUAUACCCAGUAACGUUAAUUAUACUAGCACUUAAUAAUACAGUAAUGAUGUAUAAUCAAUAUUGUAGUAAAUUAGCGUUUCUUUAUAGUGGGAUUAAUCUACAUAGUAAAUAUAAUGUUUUGGAGAGCUCUAAUCAAAGUAAUUUACAAACAAUGGAUUUAAAUUGAAUGCAUAAAUUAUCUAUAAACCAAAUAAUUAAAUGAUCUUGCAAGUUGUUUCCAAUUUAUUUCCGAAACUUUCUGAUUCAAAGGGGAAUGUAUAUUUAAAGUAGUACUAACUUUAUAAAAACAUCACUAUUAAUUUUAAUAGUUGUUAAUUGGGCUAAAUUACUAAGCAGUAAAGGAAUUCAAUAGUUUGUGAGGAUUGCCCUGAAGGAAAAUAUUCUCUAAAUUUGCUAGAUAGUUCUUGUUUGCAGUGUCCUGAUUCAGCUAUUAAAUGCUAUUAGUCAACAAUUAUUUUAAAAAAUGGAUAUUGGAGAGAAAACAAAUUGACAGAUUAAAUAAUAUAUUGUAAUUUUCACCCUAAUUCAUGCUAAGCUGAAUCGUAAUUAUCUAAAGAAUAUUGUAUAACUGGAUAUAAAGGCCCUCUUUGCUACUCGUGUGAUACUUAUGGAGAAAUAUGGGGUAAAAGAUAUCAAUAAAUAUUUAGCUAGGGAGAAUGUUACAGUUGUGAGGAAAAUAGCUUUUUCAUUAUUAUAUAAAAUUUAGUUUUAUUCAUAAUCAUCUUUUACUAUAUAUUUGCCCUUUUAAGAAAUAUAAUUAAUAGAUAGCAAGCUAAAUUAGCAGGUUACUAUAUCACUAAAAUGGAUUUAGUCUAUUUAGGAUCAACAUUAAGAUAAUAAGAUAAGCCUUAGAUUAUUUCCAAAAUUUUAACAGAUCACCUUCAGAUCCUAUCUUUGCUGAGCUUUUUUAACUUUAAUAUUCCUAACUAUUUUAAGCUUCCUAUAUAGGUAUCAGGAAAUUCUUUGAGCUUAACAAGCAAGUCUAUUGAUUGUUUUUUUUCAAGAUAUCCAAAUUUAAAACCUUUAUGGUUUUAUUAGUCUUUAUGGUCGCUAUGUUUACCGCUUUCUGUACUCUCACUUUAUUUAAUAUUAGGCUUUGUUUUAAGGUAAUUUAAAAGAAAUACAAACAUUUUUAAAUACUUAAAUACUUCAUGUAUCUUCAUUUAUCUUUAUUUUUAUCCUAUGGUGAUUAUGUUAUUAAGCAGAUCUUUGAAUUGCCUACAAAUUGGUGAUAAAAGCUAUCUUGAUUUAGAUGUAAAUAUAUUAUGCUAUGAUCCUUAAUAUCAUAAACCGUAUGUUAUAUUCUACUGCAUACCAUUACUAGUUUUAUGGGCAAUUGUUGUUCCGCUAUUUUUGCUCUUAAAAAUUAGAAAUGGAAAAAUGAAAAAAUGGCCAAUCUUUAUUGAAAUAAAAUAUUCUUUUAUAUUUGCAGGAUAUAAAGAAAAGUAUUAUUAUUGGGAAUUUGCAAAAUUAAUUUAUAAAUCAAUUCUAAUUUUGGUAGCGACAUUACUUCAACAAAAUUCAUUCUUAAAAUUGAGCAUGCUAAAUGCUGUUAUCUUAUUCUAGAUUUAUAUAAUAUUUAAGACUAAGCCUUUUGCAAUUUAGAAUUUCAACAAUUUAUUAUCUAAAUCAGCAAUCUUAUGUGCUUUAUCACUAAAUUUAACUUAGAUUAUUGCAAAUGUUGCAAAUAUGGAUAGGUUUUUACAAACUAUUUUAAUUACUUUAUUAUUUUUUUCUAAUCUUUAAUUUAUAACUUAACUGGUGAUUGGAAUAUGUCUAAUUACAAUACAAAAUGACAGAUAAAAAAGAAGUAGAAUCUAAAACUGCCUCCUAUAUUUUAUAUCAAAAUAUCCUUCUUUAUUUGAAAACAUUCAGAUUUAAUAAAGCUAAAUAAAAGUAAGUUCUCUUUUGAAAAUAAAGCUAGUCAAAAAUAAAGUUAAACAUUUAGUUAAGUACUUUAAGCAAUAUAGCUUCUUCAGUUAAGAAUCUUUGUAAUAGCAUUUUCAUCUCUAAAGAACUUCAAUCUUUUCUCCUAAAUUAGAACAAAAGUUGUAAGCCAGUAAAUUUACUUUGUUAUCUGGGAAUGAAACUAUCAUUGGAUAGAAUAAAAAGGUAAAUUCUUUCAAGAAUAUGAGAGAAAAAUGGUCAUACUAUACAAGAAAAACAAAAGAAAGUCCAAUAAAUAUGUAUUAAUUAGAUAGUUAAGAUAAAAUCUAGAACACUAACAAAGAAAUUGCUCUUACUGAAACAGUAAAUAUGUAAAGUUAUACUUAUAAUGAUGAAUUUGGAAUAUAAUUAAUAAGUGAUGAUAAGUUAAAUUAAAAUGUUAAUUCAUUUUUGACCAAAAAAUAAUGAUAAAACCUCUUAAUUAAAAAUUAUGAUAAAUAAAAUAAUAGGAUUUAAAAACUAUUUUUUAAUUAAUGAACUUAAAUAUAUUAUUUUUAUUUUUAUGUAUUCAUGU